AGUAUACACUAAAUCACCAUGAUGGUUCACGGGUAUACCUCGUAAACCUGCGUAUACCCUCCAAAACACCACUGGUUUGCAAGUAUAUACGUACAAGACGUACAUGUGGUAGGACAACAAGACCAGUUCACGGUAUCCGACGAAAGUCCUACAAAAAGAAAUUCACGAUGGGUGAUGGUGAAAAAUUGAGCCGUAAGAUGAUCUUUCCUUACACAUUUACUGCGAAGGUUGUUCAGUUUCCAUUUAAAUUGCAUUUUAAACACCACUGGAUGUUCCCAUGGCUCAUUGGAUCUGCUGUUUUGGUCGCACCUGUGUUCUAUCAAUUACAGAAGUUUGCCAACAAUGAAGCCAAUAUAAAGAUGUGGGCUGAUAAAAGGAGGAAGGAAGAAGAACAUCACAGACACAAGUGGGAUUAAUUGAAAUUGUGAAUCAAUGUAGAAAAUAAAAA